AUGUCUGCCACUAAGUCCAUUCUCGUCAUCAACCCUAACUCCUCAGAAUCCGUUACAGACGGUCUUCGCGAAACGCUCAAAACACCACCUGAGUGUACACUCGUAUUCUACACGGCACCAUCCCAUGCACCUCCCUCCAUCAACGACGUUACAACAGCUGCUUUGACCGCGAGUGCGUGCUGGGAGGAUAUCAGAGAUAAAGGGCUCUUAGACCAGUACGAUGCGUUUCUCGUUUGUUGCUUCUCCGACCAUCCACUGACCCACAUCCUCCGCGAACAAUCUACGAAACCCAUCAUCGGCAUCCUCGAGUCCGCCAUAACCACCGCCCUCCUCUCCACCCGUCGUUUCGGCAUCCUCACCACCGGCUUUGGUUUCAAAUUCCUUCGCUCACAAGACGUUUACAGUUUUAUGGGAGGCAACUCUGUGAGGUACGCUGGUUUGGUGACGACCGGAUUGGGUGUCGUAGAGUUGAGGGAGGGGGACAGGGAUAAAGUGGAGAAGAACAUGAAGGAAGGGGCGGGGAGACUGGCGGGGAUGGGUGCGGAUGCGGUGUUACUGGGAUGUGCGGGUAUGGCAGGCAUGGAAUCGCUAGUGCAACAAGGCGUGAAGGAAGCCGGUCACGCUCCGGUGCGCAUCGUCGAUGGUGCACGAGCUGGCGUGGAAUUCCUCGCGUCUCUUCUCAGACUGGCUUGA